AUGGGUACAUUAUUUCCAUUAUGGAAAUUUCCACCAUCAUUUGCUAAUCGAUCUGUUACUGCAUUAACAUGGAAUCCAGCUUAUUCAGAUAUGUUAAUAAUUGGAUAUGGACUUUAUGAUCGAGCUGAACGAAUACAAGGUACAAUUGCUGUAUUUACAUUAAACAAUAAUCAUCCAGAUACUUUAAUUCAUACUGAAAGUACUGUAUUAUCUAUUGAUUGUUUAUCUUCAAAACCAUAUCUUAUAUGUGUGGGAUUAAUGGAUGGUGAUGUGAUUGUUUAUGAUAUAUCAAUUCCAUCUGGUAAAGCUGUUUUUACAAAUACAUCUUACAUGUGUAAACAUUAUGGAUGUGUUUGGCAAGUUCGAUGGUGUAAUUUAUCUACUAAUCAUCAACCUCGAUUUUUUUCGAUUGGUUCUGAUGGAAAAGUAAUGCGAUGGACAUGUAUUAAAGGUGAAUUAAGACAAGUACUUUUAUUUGAUUUACCAAGUGCAACAAAACCUACACGACUUGAUGAUGGCACUCUUCUAUCGUUGCCAGGUCCGGCAAUAGCACUUGAUUUUCAUCGUAAUCGAAAAGAUAUAUUUCUUGUUGGUACAGAAGAUGGUAAGAUCUAUAAAGCAUCGACUAGUGAUCCUGGAAUUAUUGAUAUGACAUUUGAUGCUCAUGAUUUUGCUGUUUAUUCUAUUCAAUGGAGUCCUUUUCAUCCGAAUAUUUUUGCUUCCUGUUCUGCUGAUGGUACAGUAAAAAUAUGGCAUGAAAAAAUUACUGAAUGUUUAAUGAGAUUUGAUUUAUGUACAAGUUUACAAGAUAUUGCUUGGUCACCUUAUACAUCUACUAUGUUUACUAUAGCUGGAGCAGAUGGCAAAGUUUAUAUAUUUGAUAUUCAUUCAAAUAAACUUGAACCAAUUUGUGAACAACUAUUAGCAAAUGAAUCAGGAAAAACAUGUACAAAAAUUGCUUUUAAUCCUAUUCAUCCAAUUCUAUUAGUUGGUGAUCAAACUGGUUGGACUAUUUGUCUUAAACUUUCACCGAAUCUUCGAAAGAAAGCAAAAAUUCGAAAAGGCAUUGAAUUUGCAGAUAAUUAUGAACGUGAAUUUGAUAAACUUGCACAAGAAUUAUCUCGAACAGUAGCUGGAGAUUCAAUGAAUGAUAUUCUUAUUGAUCAAACGAAUGAUAUUGAAGAUUAA